AUGCUGCUGGUCCUUCCCUCGCUGUUGACCGUACUCUUCAUCUUUCCCGUCGCCCAGCGAGUGUCGCUCUUCAAGUUGGAUAUCGGCAGCACAGAGCACAGCAUCGGAGCACAGGGUUACAAGGUACGAGGCGGACAAUGGACGAGUUCUCGCUUCGCUUAUCCCGCGCCUGAUGACUGGCCUAAAGAGAUAGACGAUCUGCCAAUAUGGUUGCUUUUCCACCUGAUUCUCGGGAUCCUCAUCGGGGUCUACUUUCUCAUCCUCUGUCUUACUUUUGCCUUUGAGAAAGGAUCUCACAAGACAAUGGCGAUUCUCGAGCCAUUUUGGUGGAGCCGGGUGCCAGCCCUUCUACUCGCCGCGCUAAGCGUCGCCCUAGCAUCAAGAGAUGCUGCCUUUUGGGGUCAAGCAGCCAAAGUUUCUCGUUUCAGAGCGGACGCAUUGGGUAUUUUGUAA